CAAACCUAAUGUUAGCCUUAGUUUAAACUGUACGAUGGCUGUUGAGUCACUCACUCCAGAUUGGGAAUUUGAUCGCUUUGACGACGGAUCUCAGAAAAUUCACACAGAAGUGCAGCUCAAAAAUUAUGCUAAGUUUUUGGAGGAGUACACAUCCCAGCUCAGAGGCAUCGAGGAAGCUCUGGAUGACUCUAUUGGAGAUGUGUGGGACUUCACUCUUGACCCCAUAGCUUUACAGCUUCUCCCUUAUGAGCAGGCCUCACUAUUGGAACUGAUUAAAACUGAUAAUAAGGUUCUUAAUAAAGUCAUCACCGUAUAUGCAGCUCUUUGCUGUGAAGUUAAACAGCUCAAGUAUGAGGCUGAAACCAAGUUCUACAAUGGCCUGCUGUACUAUGGUGAAGGAGUGUCAGACAGCAGUAUGGUGGAAGGGGAGUCCCAGAUCCAAAUGGGUCGAUUCAUCUCCUUUCUACAGGAGCUGUCAUGUUUCGUGUCCCGCUGCUUUGAGGUUGUGGUCAACGUUAUUCACCAGUUGGCUGCACUGUACAGCAACAACAAGGGUGCCACAAAAAUAAUUGAGUCCACUGGUGUACACUUUCAGACAGUCUAUGAGCAGCUGGGAGAGCUUCUGUUAGUUCUGAUUACUUUAGAUGAGAUUAUGGAGAAUCAUGCCACUCUGAGGGACCACUGGAAGAUGUACAAACGGUUGUUAAAGUCCGUCCACCACAACCCAUCCAAGUUUGCCAUCCCAGAGGAGAAACUGAAGCCUUUUGAGAAACUCUUACUGAAACUGGAGGGACAGCUUCUGGACGGCAUGAUUUUCCAGGCAUGUGUUGAGCAGAGGUUUGACAACCCUGGGGAGGGAGUAUCCGUCUCCAAAAACAGUGCCUUUGCAGAGGAGUUUGCCCUGAACAUUCGGACUAUCUUUGCCAACAUAGAGUCAAAGAUUGGCGAGCCGUCUGAGAUUGAUCAGAGGGAUAAGUAUGCAGGAGUCUGCGGCCUUUUUGUUCUGCAUUUCCACAUCUUCAGAACAGUUGACAAGAAGCUUUACAAGGCCUUGCUGGAUGUGUGCAAAAAGGUUCCUGCAGUGACUCUGACUGCUAACAUAAUAUGGUUUCCUGACUCCUUCCUGACCAAUAAAGUCCCAGCAGCAGCCAAACUGAUGGACAAGAAGAGUCUCCAGAGCAUUCGGACCCACCGCGACACCUUCCUACAGCAAAAGGCUCAGACACUAACCAAAGAUGUGCAGUCUUACUACGUGUUUGUCACAUCCUGGAUGAUGAAGAUGGAAGCCAUUGUGUCAAAGGAGCAGAGGUCUGAGAAACUUUCAGAGGACCUCAGCAACAGGUGCAAUGUGUUUAUACAGGGGAUCCUGUAUGCAUACAGCAUCAGUACCAUCAUCAAAACCACCAUGAACCUGUACAUGUCCAUGCAGAAACCCAUGACAAAGACCUCAGUGAAGGCCCUGUGUCGGCUGGUGGAACUGCUCAAGGCGAUAGAACACACCUUCCACAGGCGGUCUAUGAUAGUGGCCGACUCUGUCUCCCAUAUCACACAACAGCUGCAAACUCAGGCUCUCUCCUCCAUUAACACAGCAAAGAAAAGAGUGAUCUCUGAUAAGAAAUACAGCGAGCAGCGUCUGGACGUGCUGUCGGCUCUGGUGUUGGCGCAGAACACGCUGAACGGACCCAGCACCAGAGAGCGAAGACUGGUAGUGUCCCUGGCCCUCAGUGUGGGCACGCAGAUGAAAACUUUCAGGGAUGAGGAGCUGGUGCCAUUACAGCUUGUUCUGAAGAAACUGGACUUGAUUAGUGAACUGAGAGAGAGGGUCAAAGUGCAGUGUGACUGCAGUUUUCUGUACUGGCAUCGCGCAGUGUUCCCCAUCUACUUGGAUGAUGUGUACGAGAAUGCUGUGGACGCAGCCAGAAUACAUUACAUGUUUAGUGCCCUCAGAGACAGUGUACCAUCCAUGCUAUACGCCAAACACUUGGAAUCCUGCGACCAGCUGCUGGAAGCCUAUGAUACAGAGAUCAUGGAGGUCUUAAACGAGCAUUUACUGGACAAGUUAUGUAAGGAGAUAGAGAAGGACCUUCGGCUCUCUGUGCACACACACCUGAAGCUGGACGAUCGAAACCCUUUCAAAGUGGGCAUGAAGGACUUGGCCCACUUCUUCUCCCUCAAACCCAUUCGAUUCUUCAAUCGCUUUAUUGACAUCAAAGCCUAUGUGACUCAUUACCUAGACAAGACCUUUUAUAACCUGACCACAGUGGCUCUGCAUGACUGGGCCACAUACAGUGAGAUGAGAAACCUGGCAACCCAGCGCUACGGCCUCACCAUGACAGAGGCCCACCUACCCAGCCAGACCCUGGAGCAGGGACUGGACGUCUUGGAGAUCAUGAGGAACAUCCACGUGUUUGUCUCUCGCUACCUCUAUAACCUCAACAAUCAGAUCUUCAUCGAGAAGACCAGCAAUAACAAACACCUGAACACCAUCAACAUUCGCCACAUAGCCAACUCCAUCCGCACGCAUGGAACAGGCAUCAUGAACACUACGGUCAACUUCACAUAUCAGUUCCUUCGUAAGAAGUUCUACAUCUUUAGCCAAUUUAUGUAUGAUGAGCACAUUAAAUCCAGACUCAUUAAAGACAUCCGUUUCUUCAGAGAGACUAAAGAUCAGACAGAUCAGAAGUAUCCCUUUGAGAGAGCGGAGAAAUUUAACCGUGGUAUUAGAAAACUGGGCAUUACGCCAGAUGGCCAAAGCUACCUGGACCAGUUCAGACAACUCAUCAGCCAGAUCGGUAAUGCAAUGGGUUAUGUGCGUAUGAUUCGCUCCGGGGGUCUCCACUGCUGCAGCAGUGCCAUUAGGUUUGUUCCAGACCUUGAGGACAUUGUGAACUUUGAGGAGCUGGUGAAGGAGGAAGGCCUGUCAGAGGAAACUCAGAAAGCUGCCAGCCUACUGGACAGUGUGCUGGGAGACCUGACCAGUAACUCAGCAGAGGGGACAGAGUACUUCAAAAUGCUGGUGGACGUUUUUUCCCCCGAGUUCCGCAGCGCCAAGAACAUGCACUUGAGAAAUUUCUAUAUGAUUGUUCCUCCUCUGACUGUGAAUUUUGUGGAGCACUCCAUCAACUGUAAGGAGAAACUGAAUAAAAAGAACAAAGGAGGUGCAGCGUUCACAGACGAUGGCUUUGCCAUGGGGGUGGCCUACAUCCUAAAGCUGCUGGACCAGUAUCAGGAGUUUGACUCACUGCACUGGUUCCAGGCUGUCAGGGAGAAGUAUAUGAAGGAGAUGAGUGCAGUGGUGAAAGAACAGAAUGUUCAGUCCACCAGCCAGGAUGAGAAACUCAUGCAAACCAUGAACCUGACGCAGAAAAGGCUGGAUGUCUAUCUGCAGGAGUUUGAGCUUCUGUAUUUCUCAUUGAGCAGUGCUCGAAUCUUCUUCAGGGCUGACAAAACCGCGGCGGAGGAAACCCAGGAGAAGAAGGACAGAGAAGAGGCAAAAGCGGCAACUGGUUCCUCUUCGGCGGAGGCAGGUGCCUCCAGUGAGCCCAGUGCCAAGUGAGAUGGCCCAAGCCACACUCCGUGACCGGGACUCCGUCGGCUGUUGUUUGACUCAGACUGGAAAAUCACUUACUCAUAAGAGCUGUGAGUGUAUGGUAUUGGAACACGGCCUGGUUCUGUGAAUGGAAAACAAUCAUUCAAAUAAGAGUUAGAAUGUCCUGGAUCCUCGGAGAUACUCCCAGUUCCUCCAUCGGGCUUUACUGGUGAAAGAACGAGAAAUCUGGCUUGGAUGUUUGGUGGGUGUUGUUUUUUUUUUUUUUUUGUGGUUUUAUGCCAACUGCACUAAAAUUGGCUGGACUAGAUUUGGGAUUUGCAGCUGAUGUUUUAUUUGCUAAACAUCUGUGCUGUGUUAGUCGUCUGCCCCAGAGACAGUUCAGUACAUGUGACUGGCAGGUGCGUACCUAAAGAGAGAAGGCAUUUGGGUCAGAAUUUGAAUGUCUUUUCGUAUUCUCCUGUUGGAUACCAAGCAGAAUUUUUUUUUUUUAAUGGUACCAACAGUCAGUUACUCUUACAAGUGCUGUGGUUAAGACUCUGAGAGAUGAAGAAGCAGUUUCACCAACUGCAGAGAUUUAUUCAUCAGGUGACCGCGCCUGAGACGAUAGCUUGAAUCUUUGUCACGGAAAAUUGAAGUUUAUUUUUUUUUUGUAUUAUAUUAGUGUUUGAAUUUAAGUUACUUAAAAAAAACCAUCAUUUUUGUCUGAACUACAAAAAAGCUAUUUCUCAUGUGCAUUUUCUAAAUAACAUCCUAAAUGGUUGCCUUUAUUUUUAAUCUGAGGAAUUUCAGUAACACACCAUCCUAAAUCUAAAAACAUAAUUUUAACACUGUGACACCAGUCGAUCCAGGAUUAUAAGUUUUAUGUUUAUCUGUUUUUUGGUUUUGAUUUGCUGAAUUGUCAGUGUUUUGACCAGUACCAGAGAGAGAUGAAUUGUCGACCACUAACAUAGACUCUGCCUGAACAGGGACUCACCUUCCCUGUGAAUAAUAUGGAACAUUGAACGCCUUGCUGACUAAUCUCUGUGGUAAAAACAGCUCUAUAAAGAACCAUGAGUAUAUGAUUAAUAUAUAAUUAACAUGUUCUGUUCAUAUGAGAUGAUUCAUUGCUGCCUAAACUUUAUCAAGCUGUGGCCCUCAAUAGAAAAAAAAAAACUUAAUUUAAAUUGUUUUGGCAAAGGAAUAAACUUCCCUAAAUGAUUUCUUAUAUUUUGGAUGAAGAGUAAAUUUUGGAUUGAGAGAGAUACUUGAGUACUGCACUAACUUUGCUGCUGUAAUAACAUUACUGAGUAGCGCUUUAUAGUUGAGGGUUUGAAAAACAGGGUUAGUUCAUUCUGAAAACAUUCCCGCAUUAAUGUUUUUGUUUUUUUGUUUUGUUUUUUAAUAUUUUGUAAAAAUCAAGCAAUUAUAUGUAUUAACCAUCAUAUUUGCAGACAUGCAAACAUGACAUUAUUAAAGAGA